CUCCGCUCGAGACUGGGGUCGACUGUAACCCGGCGGCAGGGUCUCCGAAACCGGAAGUGUCUUCUACUCUUGAAAGCUUUGAGGAGCCCGACGUGGCCAACAGCGUCCUUCCGGCAGAGCUCAACAGUGAAACUAGAGAUCUUUACAAUGGCUGCCUGGAGGCAAGGAUUGCUGGCCGCAAGUACCACAGAGACGUCGAGUGCCAAGCUGGGAUGCGAGUUCACCUGGUAAGGGAACCAGAAAAUCCCAUGGAUACAUACGCUGUGAAGGUGCUUACAGCGGAUGGGCUUUCGCUGGGACAUAUUCCAAAAGAGCUUUCGCGUUAUUUGUCUCCUCUCAUGGACAAAGCCGUGGUAGAUGUUCAGGGAUAUGUCUCCGAGAGUACAUCGGAAGCUGCACGCCUCAAGCUUGAUUUGCGUGAGAUCCAGAGUCGGACUAUUGGAAGUCUCUCAGAAGAAAAAGUGCUGGCUGUCAAAUGGAGCUGUCUAAUGGAUGCAGCUGACAAGGGACAAGACCACGGCUGUCGAUACCAACAGAAUUUUCUCUACAUGCUCCAAGUGGUAUUGGAACGGGAUCUCCAUCUCUUUACUCCAGACGAGAUCGAACUUCUCGAGGCAUUUCGUUCAAUCUCGUCUGAUGGACAGCGCCUUUUUGUAAGAUUGGCUCAACGAAAGGGGCCAUGGUUCCGUCUUCAGAACAUCUUCUAUGAAGAUAUUGGUGACACAAAUUCUGCAGUCCAUGAGUUAGUCGAGAGACGCUACUUAGUUUUCGACGCGGACGUCAAUUCGUCUGAGUUGCUUGAACAUCUGACUGUACAAGAGCUCAAAGAUUUGGCAGUGAACAGCAAAAUCAUGAUCAAAAGUGCUACGCUAAGUUUGAAAAAGCUUCAGCUUAUUACAGCAACUCGAGAUGCAUUGAUUUCGCUGCAUUUUAAUCUAACGGCUUUAAUUCGUGAAGCAACCGGGCCAUGCAUUCGAAUAGCCGAAACAGUUGACGUUCUACUUUGGCGUUUACAGAGGUUGUUCUUUCUAAACGGUGAGCAGGAGUUCCAUGUUUUUCUUCUUGUGGAUAUUGGAAGGAUCAAGUAUCCAAGCUAUAGGUGCGCUAGAACAAUGCCAGUCUUCGCUUCUCGAGAGGACUUUCUGGCGUAUGAGCAGGCAUUGCAAUUGGCUCAGGUGGUUGACAUGUCCCUGGAGGCUGGUAAUUCUGAGGCUCUAAACUCCUCUUUUCGAAAAGCAAGGACUACUCUCGAAUUGAUCAAUGCACACACCGAGAGCAAGCAUCCAUUUUUAGCACGAUUUUCGGCUGCAUGGGUGUAUGCAACAAUCUGUACUGUGGCUGCAUCGUUUCUGGAGAAAGAACGCAGAUACGCUGAAGCUGUAAACCUCUUCAAGCAGCUCCUUAGCAUGCAGUAUUGUCCUGGACGGAGAGGAUACUGGACUCUCCGGCUAUCUAUUGACUUGGAGCACUUACAGCGUUUAGAAGAGAGCCUGCUCGUUGCAGAAAACGGAUUAAACGAUUUCAACGUCCGAGGAGGGGAUCGUAUCGCUUUGCAACGGAGGGUUCUCCGACUAGGAAAACCUCCUAGAAGGUGGAAAGUACCUCCAUAUGCAGCGCUUUUAAAGAAAAAACACAAGGUGGUGACGAUUAUGGGAAGGCCGCUAAACAAUGCCAAUGGAAUGAAGAGCAGAUUUUAUGGCUACGAUGGGCAACAAUGCAGUGUGGAGGACCUGGCACUUCAAUACUAUGCCGGAGAAGAUGGAGGCGGCUGGAAAGGAGUCCAUUCAGAAAGUGGCAUAUGGCUGACAUUGUUCGGGCUGCUCAUGUGGGAUGUUAUCUUUUCAGACGUUCCAGAUGUCUUCCAGACACCUUUUCAGACUGCACCAUUGGACUUGUGCACGGAUUCAUUCUAUCCAGUCCGAAGCUCGCUUAUUGAAUCUCGUCUUCAAGCCAUACGCGAUGGUGGAGCUAGGCAACUCGUGGCGGAGACUUGGGAAGAGCACUACGGGACAUCAUGUAGCGGGGUAAACUGGAAGAAGUACUCGCUUGAAGACCUUCAAACGAUAACGGUCUGUAUCGGAGGUCCAGGAUUGUCGGCGAUUUGCAACCUUCUUGCAGAAGACCACAGUAACUGGACGGCUGGAAUGCCUGAUCUUCUGCUGUGGAAGGAGAAAGAGGCAAAGCUGGCGGAAGUCAAGGGUCCAGGGGAUCGCUUGUCCGAGCAACAGGUGGCCUGGUUUCUUAUUCUCUCGGACGCUAAUGUUCCUGUGGAACUUUGCAAGGUCUCCAAGACGAUGAAUGAUCGAUCCUAGAUCGGCUACUCCGAGUAGUGCCGGGCCCGAGACGGCUGCGCAGGCCUCUGCAACUUGCUCCGCCUUGCUUGAAGUCAUAAGAACCGGUAAGCAACUCCGCCAUUCCAUCCCGCUGUGGACUGCGAAGAAUCCAUUGCGCGCUACACACAGCCAGUUCCAAGUCCUCAGUGUCACCGUCUCAAGAGCUCUUCGAUCGGGACCGCGAGGUGAUAGAAUCACCACCGUCAUCUUAAAGAUCCUCUUGGCGGAGGAUCAGGAAAUGCGAGUUCCAAAGAGAUGAAUCACGAGGGAUUCCAUGCACCUUAAAGAACAUCCCCCGCGACUCUGAUGAGUAUCCUAUCGAACAAUGCAGUUGCUUGCUCCAUAUCCCCAUUGUGGGCAUGGAGUCCGUUGGGAGAACACGUAGAGACUAACCCAUCAUCGCACUGGGGCAUCCCAAAGAAGAUUUGGCUGGCGUGAUGCAUGUCUCGGCCGAAGAGCUCGUUGCGGCAUUUGCCUCGUCAUGAUGCCCAAUCGGGGCAUAUGUGCUCACUAUUGUCGUCCAGGUCACCACGUCCUGGCUUUCCUCGCAUCAGCAACGCGAUUUUCUUUGCAUAGAACCCGUAAUAGGAUGUUCCGAGAAGUGGAAAACCUUGAUCGCCUCGUCAAGAUGCCCAAAGUGGGCAUAUGUGAUAGCAGAAUGUGCAUUGCCGGUACUUGCUCGCCAGGAUGAGCCCAACACGGGAGGAUUCGAGUGCAGGGCUCUGGGUCCCAAGCUCUAUCUCCUUGCAAUUCGGUGAGCGUCUUCGAUGCACGCAAGAAUCGAUGGAGCUUCGCAGCACCAAUGCUGCGUUCUCCACCGCAGGAAACGAAAUCUUUUCACAACCAGGUGAUCUUGAGCUCGCCCGGUGGUGCCGGACAGACGCUUGUUUUCGCAGCCCAAGAUCUUUCCUGGGAAGCGGCGACUGGCCGGCGCCACUACUUUGUGCACCUAUGGAACGACAUGGCCGGAUCAUUGUAUUGGAGGCAAGAAGUUAUGGGAGGAGCUGCAGCUGACGACCGCUUCUUCCACCGAUCACAAGUUUUUCUUCCGCGCUGUGAGCUGCCAGAAGAACAUCUGGGCAGUCUCGGCGAAUUGCAAGGCUGUGACGUUGAUCUGGCUUGGAAGCCAAGCAUCCGGCGUCAAUCCCAUAAGCUUCGCCGUUCAGAUUCUUCGAGCUUAGAUGAGCUACUAGCUAAAGAUGAAUAAGUUAUCUACAAGGAUGUCGUGUUUGCAGAUGAAAAGUUCUAUGAAAUGGUUUUUUUC